GUCCACGCACACCGUCAACAAGUUCCGAAGGCCGAAUCUGCUGACACUCAAUUCCAUCAAUACCUUGGUCAAUCAUCACACAGGACCAGGACGGAAUGGAUGACCUUGUUCCCAAUCCCAAGGCGCUAACGGAUGUUAUGAAUGAAGCUCGUGAACUCGAGCUCUUCGAAAGGUUCAAGAGUACAUCGGCAAGCCAUUUGCAUCCAGGUUUCGGGCGGAGGACUCUCUACGAUGAUCAACGAGCCGCUUUCACGCCGCUGCCGUCGACGUCAGUACAGCCCCCGUUGGCAGGAACACUCAGAAGCUGCUAAUAACUAUGCCAGGGUUCUGAGCACAAUAUUGUCCGAGGCGAUGCGACAAAAUGACCUUGCUUCUGACAUAACUUGCGAUCCAAGGGAGUGUGGCUGGGAAGAUGUGAUAGACUGUAUCGCUAAGGCCAAGGCAACCUACGACGAAAAAGGCAAAAGCAGCAAGGUUAGGAGCUGGUUGAGGAAUCCGGGUGCAAUCGCAGAUAUCCUUCAUUCCCUCACAGGCAUGAUACCUGACGAAAAGGGAUUGAGCGUACUGCGCCAGGGAUUGGUCAUUAUUUUCCAGGCAUGGCAAACGCGAAUCAAAAAUAAGGAAGAAAUCCUCCGGCAACUUGAGGAUCUUCCACUACUUCUUUCGGGCGCCACCGAAACGUGGAAACUGUACCCGCGCGAUGAGAAAUUGAGCAAGGCGGCUCAAAUGGUCUACGAGACUGUAGUGGGCUCCCUCAGCGAGCUAAUCAGUAUCUUGCUCCGGACGCAAAGGGGCUCAUUCAUCUCGAAAAACAUAAAUCGCAUUCCUGCCGUCGAGUCACAACGAAUAGAUGAGAUAUCCAAAACAGUCACAGGAGCCAAAACAGCAUUGGCAGCUUGUGUCAGCAGACUUGAGCCUGAAAGACUUGCUAAGAUAUACGACACGUCCACCAGCACCCUGUUGGAAACUCAGUCAAUUCGUCAAACCAUGUCAACACACCACAAUGACAUGAUGCGCGCGAUAGCAGAGAUUGUCGCUCUUCAACGGGAGCCACGAGUUUCAGAUGACAACACCAUUAAAACGACGGUCAAAGAAUGUCUCCAAGAAUUUCUGGCAGCCCAGAUGCAGACAGGUCUCUAUCGAUUGAUUCAAGAAAAUGAAUAUAUGCAAAGGCUUGGCUACCAGGCGAAUAUGAAUACCACCUGGUCCGAGAAUGCGGUCAAGAGGACAAUGAGCAAGGAACAUCUCAUUCAGCAUCUAAAGUUGACUGAAAUCGACUCUGUUGCCGAAGAUAUCGACAGAAUCCGCCAGCAAGAGAGCAACGUAGAAUCAGAGGGACGCGAACUGGCUCGAAGGAUCAUGAGCAUGGAACAAUUCACAGAAUGGAUAACGAAAGAUGAGUCGAAGCUGCUCAUGCUCGACGGCCACUGCAAGAAUCUCGGAAACGGCAAAACGAGUCCACUGUCCGUGUUAUGCGCGUCGCUCGCCUCUACUCUUGCCCAGGCCCAGUCGCUCGUCAUCUUGCAGUAUUAUUGUGGUCACCAUGCCUUGAAUACAGACCACCUGCCGAGUGGGCCCUUGGGUCUGAUUCAGAGUCUACUUGCACAGCUGCUGUCCAAGCCAGAUGACAUUCUCCCCAAGAUGCUGCAAAUUGACAAAGAGCUCUACGAGCGAGCCCUACCAGAUGAUAUCGACAGUCUUUGCGAGAUAUUCGGGGCGGUCUUCACCCAGAUCGAGCGCAACAAGAUCACAAUAUGCAUAAUUGACGAGAUCGCCGAGUUCGAAGGCGCAUUUGGUGGAUGGGACAAAAGCAUGAGCUUGGUAGCCUUCCAGCUGAGAUGGAUGGUACAUAAGUUUCAAGGACCGCAGAGGCUCAAAGUGCUAAUGACGAGCGCUAAUAAGUCAACUGCGGUGUCCGACCUUCUUGAGGAGGAUGACAAGAUGUCCUUUAGGGGCAGUGGGCUUCCUAAUCACUCGCCUCGGCGCCUGAUAACGGGUGACAUCCUUUCCCUUCCCUGAUUUUCCAAGCAAUAUCAGUUCCAGAGAGCUUCUCUUUGUUGGAUGAUCACCGGGGCAGAUGGACAUGGGCUUUCACGACGAAAUGAUUGUUUGAUUGAAACUUGGACGGUGGUCUUAAUUCCUGAGAUGCAAAUUAACAGUUGAAACUGAUACAACGUCCCUUUGUGUAAUGAGAUCAAGUUGAUAUGAUGCA